AGAGAGAGAGAGAGCGAUGGCGCCUGGAGCCGCGACUUCCGAGCUCGAGAGCUUCGCUCAAGCGAGAGGAGUGGAAAAUUUCCUGAUAAGUUUCGUGGACCUAUUAGGCGUGUCUCGAGCGAAGCUCGUUCCAAAGUCAGCAAUCCGCGAGAUGGAGAUCAAAGGAGCUGGGUUUGCUGGCUAUGCCGCACACUUUGACAUGAGUCCAGCGGAUCCCGACCUGUUUGCGGUGCCUGAUCCUCGAAGCGUGAUCCAACUUCCAUGGAAACCAGCAGUAGCUUGGGUGGCCAGCGAUUUGUACAUGAACGGCAAGCCCGUACAACAGGAUCCUCGCAGAGUCUUACGAACUCAGGUGUGUCAAAACUCUUUUCUUGAGAAGAAUUCAUGGCUUUCACAGGUUGAGAUUGCCGAGAGUAAACACUUGAGGAUGAAAACCGGGGUCGAAUGCGAGUUUUUCAUCCUGUCCGGAAGUAGCGAUGUUCAUCAGCUGUCGGAUCGAUUGGAUAAGGCAGAGAAACCAGGCUACGAACAGAUUGCUCUCAUGAGACGGUACGACCUGAUCUCGGAAGUUCUUCACUACUUGGAAGUUCUUGGAUGGAAACCAUAUCAGGCUGAUCACGAGGAUGCAAAUGGUCAGUUUGAGAUUAACUGGGAGUAUGACGAUUGCAUCGCUACUGCUGAUAAGCACGUCUUCUUCAAGUUCAUGGUGAAAUCACUAGCUGAAAAAUAUGGUCUCAAGGCGACGUUUAUGCCCAAACCUUUUGUAAACCAAACUGGCAAUGGAACACAUUGCCAUGUCUCUGUCUGGGAUACUUCCGGCGAGCACAACGUUUUCCUUGACAAGCAGGACAAGCUUGGAUUGUCCACGACUGCUUAUGAGUUCCUCGGAGGAGUGCUCCAAAACACCAAGUCGAUCACUGCCAUUCUCAACCCCACCGUCAAUAGCUACAAGCGCAUCGAUGGAAGCACCACCCUUUCUGGCUCUUCAUGGGCUCCUUGCUCCAUCGCAUACACUGGAAACAAUCGUACUCACUUAAUACGCAUACCCGACGGUGGUCGAUUCGAACUUCGUCUCGCAGAUGGAGCAGUCAAUCCAUAUCUUUUCCAGGCUGCCAUCUUGGCUUGUGGCCUUCACGGGCUUGAUCAUCACGUCCAUCCGGGACCAUCAGCCGAUUGGAACGGCCAUCUUCCGCCACCUGAAGGGAAGGCAGUGCAAAUUCUUCCCACCAGUCUAGCCGAAGCUCUGAAAGAAUUCUCUGCUUCUGCCACCUUGAGAAAGGCUCUUGGCGAAGAAUUUGUCACGAGCUACUCGAAGAUCCAGACUGAACGAUGGAGAUCCUUCACACAACACUUGAGCAAAUGGGAAAUCGAUAACACCAUUGACUGCUGAAACUCGAAACCUCGUUGCAAUGCAAAUGGCUACUUUGGGAUACGCCACCGGCUAUUCUCUCCCGAAGUUUUCCAUUUUUCCGAGCUCUUCAUUUUCGCCUUCCAUUCCUUCUUAGAUGCUCCCCCCUCAUCCUCAUUCUUCACUUGCAAGUUUGCCUCGUCGUCGUCUUCAUUCCCUUCUCUAAUCCUUUUCCCCUCCGCUUGGAGAUCCCCGAUCAUCAUCUCCGUCGUCUUCGUGGUUAUUCCUCGAACAUACCAUGAGACUGGCGGCGGUGGAAUCAGAACUGGCUGAACUUCCUGAUGGAGAUUCACAAGUGACGCUACUCUGCCUGCUUCACCCGGCUCACCAUCCACGUAAAACGGCUUUAUCUCCCAGGUUCCUUCAAAUCUCUUCAUAAAUCCUUCCUUGGCUAGCUUGUAGCUAACCUGGGAAGGAAAAGAAUGGUCAGUAAGUUUGUGCUACAUUAAAAUCUCCUCACCGUGUGUGAGCUUUGAUC